AUGGUGAGGAAAAAGAAUUGCGUGUUGAAAAGCAGUAUUGUUCAGGGACACUACAUAGGGUUGUUUGUACUACUAGUGUUGGGCUUCUUCUGCCUGGGAACUGGUCUGUUUAUUGCCUUCGUACAACCCUACGACCUAUUAUUCAAAUGGAAAAUCAAAUUCCAAGAUGGCGGCGAGAUCUUCGAAAUAUGGAGGAAGCCAGAAGUAGAGUUGUACACCAGGGUUUACUUGUUCAAUGUGACCAAUGCUGAAGAAUAUAUGGCUGGCACUGAUGACAAGCUGAGCUUUAAAGAAAUCGGGCCUUUCGUUUAUAGAGAACUCUUAGAGCACAGUCAAAUAAAGUUUAACAGUAACGGCACACUCAGUACGAUACCUAAACAUCCUCUAGUAUGGGUCGACGAGCUGUCAGAGGGGAACAAAGAGGAUGAUAUCGUGUACUUACCGCAUAUUGCAUUACUGAGUAUAGCGAACGUUGUCUCCGCACAGAGUUUCAUGACUCGCUUCGGCCUUAACCGUUUGAUCAGCCUCACGAACAGCCAACCGCUCGCCAAAAUGACUGCGCGGGAGUUCAUGAUGGGGUAUAAAUCGGAAUUGAUGACCCUCGGAAACACCUUCAUGCCGGGAUGGAUCUACUUCGAUAAGCUGGGUCUUAUUGAUAGGAUGUACGACUUCGAAGGAGAUUACGAGACUAUAUACACGGGUGAAACAGAUAUCUCCCAAUCUGGUCUGAUCGACACUUACCGCGGGUCUACAGACUUGCCGCAAUGGCCUGAGAAACACUGCUCUAACGUGCAGUACGCGUCCGAUGGCACGAAGUUCAAGAGUGGGAUCGUGAAGAAUGACAGUUUGCUGUUUUAUAGGAAGAGUUUAUGCCGCGCUGCACCGCUGAUACCAGUAAAAGAAGGCGAGAAGAACGGUCUGAAAGGUGUGAUGUACACAUUUCCGGAUCACAUGAUGGACAAUGGGAAAUACUACGAAGAGAAUAAAUGCUUCUGUAGACAUGGCAAAUGUUUACCAGAGGGCUUGUUAGAUGUCGCUGAUUGUUACUACGGCUUCCCCAUCGCGUUGUCCUACCCUCAUUUCUACAAGGGCGACCCCGAAUUAUUCAACAAAAUCGAGGGUUUGAAACCGGAUAAAGAACUGCACGAGACUAGAUUCUGGAUCCAACCAGACUCCGGUCUUCCAUUGGACGUGAGUGCCAAGUUUCAAAUCAACAUGCCCCUCGGGGACAUCACCAACAUCCAAAACACGGCUAAGUUCGCCAAUCUCUAUCUUCCUCUGCUGUGGUUUGAUAUUCGAAUGUUCAGUCUACCCUCAUCGCUGGAAAUGCGCUUCAAGAUGUACCUCAACAUUCUCCCAGCCGUCGAGAAAUCCAUAAUGUACGUAAGCUUUAUCGUGGGCGCCAUUUUGAUCUUCGUAACGGUCUACAUAUUGACGUUCAAGAUUAUGUUCAAAUCGUACAGACAGAAGAAACGGCCGACGUGGUCCGACAAAGAGAAGAACACAAAGGACGUUUACGUCCCGUGCGAGUUGCCUCUCGAAUCCGAAUCAGACUGUCCAGACCCCAAGGAGAGCAAAGCAUUCAUCAAGAUACACUCAGAUAAGAUCAAAGAGCUUAGCCAAAAACUAAGCGACAAAGUCUACGACACAGUAAGAAUUUUCGACAGCGAACGAAAGAAUUCGCUGAUCGUUCCAGAAUGUUCCGAAGUGAACGACGCGUAUCGGAGCGAGAGUGACAGCGAUAGGAAAGAGAGAGAGAGCGACGACGAUUACAAGGGUGAAGACUGUAAAUAUUUGGAGAUCAUCGAUGAUGGGAGCGAGUUUGAUGAUGAGUACGUCUGUCUCAAGAGCGAUCGCGCGAGAACGCUCAGGGAGUUGGAUAAGUGA